AUGGCUCGUGUGUUGUUUGGCGUGCUGGCCGCUGCGGUUGCCAGCGCCGCCGUCCCCACGGACAAGGUGGACGCUGAUCUGUGGCAUCGCUUGACCGCGAACGUGGCGGUCCGCGCUAUGGUCGAGCUCCGCCCUGCGCCGCGGUCGGCACGAUCGUUCGCCACGGAAUCACGUGUUGAAAAUACAGCGGGAGCAGGUGCCCCCAGCGUGGAUCGGGUCCGACAGGCCAUGGUGGAUGCCACCGCGUCGUCGGCUGCGGCGGUGCAAGAGCUGUUCCAGCCAAUGUCGGCACGUCGACGACGGAGCAAGGCAGCGUGUCCAGGUUUGGAUGCACCUACGCCCAUUCACUUGUGGAUCGCAGGUCGUAUGCAUAUUCCAGCGCUGACGCUGUGCGUUGCCGAGCAUUUGGUGUCGCUGGACGCGGUCGUCAGCAUUCGGUCGGAGGACGUCGAGGACUUGGAUGCGGUCGCGGCUGCGAUGGCCCCGCCAGUGGACGUCCUGCCUCCUUUAUGGGCUGUCCACAUGAUCAACGCACCUGCCGUAUGGGCGACUGGAAACACGGGCCAAGGCAUCGUAAUCGGCACGAUCGACACGGGUGUCCGGCCGACACACUCCUUAUACGCGUCCAAGUUUCGAGCCGAUUACAACUGGUUCGACCCCGUCAGCAAUUCCCCCACGCCGUCCGAUGCAACUGGCCAUGGGAGCCACGUCGUUGGGCUGCUAGUUGGCGAUCAAAACGUUGGCGUCGCGCCAGGCGCGUCGUUCAUCUCAUGCCGAGGGUGCACCACCACGUGCAACGAAGCCGACAUUCUAGCGUGCAUGCAGUUUAUGCUGUGCCCCACGGAUACGAACGGGGCAAAAGCGAAUUGCUCGAAGAAACCUCAUGUGAUCAACAACUCGUGGGGCAGCGCCGUGUCCAAGCCAGUGUACCAGCAGGCGUUCGACGCGUGGGAAGCCGCCGGGAUCGUGUCUGUAGUGUCCAACGGCAACGCCGGGCCAGCUUGCGGCACCGUCGGGUCCCCUGCCGACUACAAGACCGUCGUGGCCGUCGGCAUGAUGACGGAGAACUGGUACCUGAACGGCCGAAGCAGUCGAGGGCCAGCCAAGAACGACAAGAGUGUCGUCAAACCCGAUGUGUCGGCGCCAGGCUAUGGCGUGUUCUCGGCCUCCAGCGCUGGAGACGGCAUGUACGAGUCGCGAUCGGGAACGAGUCAAGCUGCGCCGCACGUGGCGGGUGUCGUGGCGCUCAUGCUUGCCGCCAACCCUACGUUGACUCCAGCCGACGUUCGCGCCGCCGUCAAGUUGUACGUUGAAACAGCCAAGAUUGACGUGGUUGCCACGACCAACUGCGGUGGCCUCGACGACCUCAAGUUCCCCAACAACAAUUACGGCUACGGACUCGUCAACGCGAGUUACGCCGUCGCGGGCGUGAGUGGAAUUGUUCCUACCACAACAGCUGCACCUACCUCCAUUCCAACCGCUCCACCGACUCCAGAACCAACGAUCUCAACUAUUGCGCCGACAACUCCUGAACCCACCACCAACACCGCGGCGCCGACCCCCGAGCCAACUGCCUAUACGGUUGCACCAUCCACCACGACGGGUGCACCCAACCCCGAGCCGACUACCAUCACCAUUGCACCUACUGUCGAGCCAACCACCACCAUCGUUGCACCAACCACGGCUGCACCUACACUAGAGCCAACCUCCACCGCCGCUCCACCUACUACCACAUUACCAACCACUGCAGCACCUACCAUCGAGCCCACCACCCUUGCACCAACCACGGCUGCACCUACGCCGGAACCAACCACCGCCACCACCGUGGCUCCUACACCCGAGCCAACCACGACCACCAUUGCACCUACCACCAUCACCCCUACUCCCGAUCCUUUGACCAGCACGGUUGCACCUACUCCCGAGCCUACAAUCACCACCUUUGCACCCACCACGCCUGCACCCACCACGCCUGCACCCACCCCCGAGCCUUCCUCCACCUCCAUUGCCCCAACAACCCUUGAGCCGACGACCAUCACAAUUGCACCUACCACAACGACGGUUGCACCCACCCCCGAGCCAACGAUUUCGACUGCUGCACCACCCACUACGACCCCAACGACGAUCACGCCGCCCCAAGACGACGACGAGGCAUCCAACCACAACGAGCAGGCAUCCUCUUCCAACAACGAUCAAGCCGCCGCCGCCCACCACCACUCGUCCGCUGCAGUGCCCCGCGACUUGCACAGGAUGCUACUGGCCAUAUUUUGA